GCUCUGUGUGUGUGUGUGUGUGUGUGUGUGUGUGUGUGUGUGUGUGUGUGUGUGUGUUUGAGCGUCAGUCGGCGGCGGCACUCCCGGACCGAGCAUCAUCAUCAUCAUCAUCACCAUCAUCAGCAGCGCGCUUUAAUCAGUCACGGGCAUGUGACCGAAUUUCGGUGCUUAAGACAGAACAAAGCUUUGAUCUAUAGUUUUAUUGUCAGUCCGGCGGUCAGGGCCACGCUGUGACGAGGCAUUAAACCGGAAGCGCGAUUAUGAGAAAAGGGAGCGCGUUGUUUGCGUCGCGCGCGGAGAUGCGGCGGGGGGCGGCGGCGGCUGUGAGGUGCUACGGAAUCGUUGCUGCUCCCUGGCCGAGCGUCGUUGUGUUUUAGCAGACCCCCCACCCCCUCUUCAUCAUCCUCAUCAGCAGCAGCAGCUUCCCCUCCACCACCAUUUUGCGAUUCAGAACCCCGGCUUUUUUUCUGUUCAGAAGCGGCUGCUUUGAGAAGGUAACGGACGGAUUUGUGCGCGGUGCCAUGACGGGCUUUCCGGUAAGCGCCACUCGGGCCGGUUAGCGGCCUGCACCGCGGCCCCGGUGUCGGACACACACACACACACACACAUCGCCUCUUCAUCCUGCAUCUCUAAUAGCUUAUAAUCUCAGGGAGUAAAAACAGAACACAAAGAAAAAAAAAGAUUAAAAAAAGACAAAAUGUCCUCUCGGUCCGCUUUACCGUCUGCCACCGACCGGAGCUCGGAUCACCAUGCGUCUCUGGCGGCCAGCCGUUCGGAGAAGGGCACCAGCGUGUCGAGUCGCUCUCUCGGUGUGCGCUGCCGCAACUCCAUGCCCUCGUGCCCAGACGACCCACACAUCGGCAACUACCGGCUCCUCAAAACCAUUGGCAAGGGCAAUUUUGCUAAAGUGAAGCUAGCUCGCCAUGUCCUCACCGGCCGAGAGGUUGCAAUAAAGAUAAUCGACAAAACUCAGCUGAACCCAACCAGCCUGCAAAAGCUGUUUCGUGAGGUGCGGAUCAUGAAGGCUCUUCGUCACCCCAACAUAGUGCAACUCUUUGAGGUGAUCGAGACGGAGAAAACACUUUAUCUGGUCAUGGAGUACGCUAGCGGAGGUGAAGUGUUUGACUACCUGGUGUCUCAUGGGAGAAUGAAGGAGGUUGAGGCCAGAGCCAAAUUCAGACAGAUCGUCUCGGCUGUUCAUUACUGUCACCUGAAGAACAUCGUUCACAGGGAUCUGAAGGCAGAGAACCUGCUGCUGGAUGCCGACUCCAACAUAAAGAUAGCGGAUUUCGGCUUCAGUAACGAGUUCACAUUGGGAAAUAAGCUGGACACGUUCUGCGGUAGCCCGCCCUACGCUGCACCCGAGCUCUUCCAGGGCAAGAAAUAUGAUGGCCCCGAGGUGGACAUCUGGAGUCUGGGGGUCAUCCUGUACACGCUGGUUAGCGGCUCGCUGCCCUUCGACGGACAGAACCUCAAGGAGCUGCGUGAGCGUGUGCUCAGAGGGAAGUAUCGAGUUCCCUUUUACAUGUCCACUGACUGUGAGGAGAUUCUGCGCAGGUUUCUUGUGCUCAACCCCAGCAAGCGUUGCACACUGGAGCAAGUGAUGAAGGACAAAUGGAUGAACACAGGGUUCGAAGGCGACGAGCUGAAGCCUCACACGGAGCCGGUGGAGGACUACAGCGACGCUGCCCGCAUUGAGGUGAUGGUUGGGAUGGGGUUCACUACAGAGGACAUCAAAGAUGCGUUACUCAAUCAGAAAUAUAACGAAGUCACUGCGACUUACCUUCUGCUGGGCCUGAAGACUGAGGACGGUGCAGAGUCACGCGUGAGUGGCAGCAUGACGUUGCCGAGAGUGAGGCCGAGCCCCAUCACCAAUGGAACGAACAAACACUCCGCCACCGCCGCCGCCUCUUCGUCCUCCUCUUCGUCUCACAGCAAGACGCAGCGCAGCGCCUCCACCUACCACCGCCAGCGGCGGCACAGCGACUUCUGUGGUCCGAGCAUGCCUGUGAUGCACCCUAAGCGCAGUCCGACAGGCGGGGCCGACCGUGAGCUACGUGAGAGCCGCAUGCCCCCACGCAAGGCCAGCUGCAGUGUGAUGGGCAGCCGCAGCCUCCCGCCCUCCAGCCCCAUGGUCAGCACGGCCAACAACCCAAACAAAGCCGAGAUUCCUGAGCGACGGAAAGACAUGACCGCCACCACUAAUAACAUCCCUGGCAGCACGAUGACUCGCAGGAACACGUACGUGUGUACAGAUCGGCCCAGCACGGACAGACAGUCUCUACUGCAGAACGGCAAAGAGAACAGCUCCCUCUCUCACCGUCUCCCCCCAGCCUCUCCCUCCACUCUCAGUAUUUCUGGAGCAGGAGCAUCGUCCUCCUCGUCCUCAGCGGAUCGGUGUAGACUGACGCGAGGUUCAACUAUACGCAGCACGUUCCACGGUGGGCAGAUUCGGGAGCGCGUGCCUUCUGCCUACGGGCCGCCGCCCACCUCGCCCACGCUCAGCCACGACGCCACGCUGCCGGCGCACGGCCGCUCCAGAGCCACGGCUAACCUGUUCAGCAAGAUCACCUCCAAACUCACACGCAGGGUCGCAGAUGAACCUGAGAGAGUCGGCCGAUCUGCGCUCUCAGGUUGCCAUCUAUUUGGGAAUCAGAAAGAGGCCGAGCCCUGGCACGGGGGAGGGGGCUGGGAUGUGAGGCCCCGCCCCCCAUACUCUCCCGCCGGGUUGGCACUGGCCGUGCGCGAUGCAGCAAGGGGGUGCGGCUGCAGCCACGAGCCGCCGGGGUCAAAGGUCACGUUCCAGGGGGAGGUGUGUCAUCUGAGUGUGCACCACGCACGUCUUUGGGAGUCUCCACUAGCAUUCACUCACAUCGCGUCUCGGAUCUACAAAGGGGUGGAGCUCUAAGCGGAUGGGGGAGGGGCCUAGACGGGGCAUGUUUUUCCUCCUCCUUCCGGAACCGACUUGGCUCCACCCACUUCUGGUUGCAUAAACUGGAAAAUCGCUCCCUGCCAUCCCCCAGCUGUCACGCUCGCCUGAUAGGCACAUCCAGAGACACGCAGAUGUGUAUCCACACAAACAGUGCAAAUGUACACACACACACACACACACACACACACACACACACACCUCCUCUAAGCAACCUCAUCCACAGGACCUGGAUUGAUUCCAGUGUAGUAUUUUUUUAAUCUUGUUUAGCUCAUGAAAUAGUUCGAUUCUAUUCUCGGCAUCACUCGGCUUCCUCGUUUGUUCGUAAACUGUAUUUUGUACGGUUUGUUUUGUUGCCCGAGCACUUUUCAUUUCAUCCCUUAUUUUAUACCCCUCCCCCCCUCGUCAACCAAAACCUCCUUCACCCUCUCCGAACCCCUUCCUAUAACCACCGAGCUCGAGUCCUGCUAAUCAACACGUUCGAAUAUCGAAUAAAAUUCUCCAGCAGUUAGUCAAAAAUAAAUUGUUCAAUUUAGUGAAACUUUACAACACGAGCUGCAACGUUAAAAAGGUCUGAAGGUCUGAGUGAGAAUGAAAAUCACUAUGAUCAAUAACUUUUUAAACUGACUUUCAUUUGUCUCCUAAACUGAGCCUUCAGCCAUGAAAAAAAAAUCCAGUAGUUGUGGGAAUUCAGCAUCUGGCCAACAUCUGACUUAGCAUCAGCCAAUCACAGGCCGCUAUCUGAGUUGACUCGAACGCCCGGCGUGUUUCAGACGAGCGACGUCCGAUAUGUACGAGUGUGUCUGCUUUAUAAAAUACAGCCGUGUUAAUGCAGCACUCUCGGCUCCCGGGGGGGAUCGAUGCACCAGAUGAGGUUUCUCACUUAGCUGGAGAACUUAAAGGAACCUCCACCCUGAAACACAUUAGACAGGAAAUACUAAAACGUUUCAGAUGUGCAUAGCGAUUUUUCUUAGCGGUUGGCGUCGACUAUUGCGGUCUAUCGCAGUUAGAAUCAUUUAGUAAGAUAACUAGGUCGUUUUUUGUUUUUUUUUGGAAGGAAUAACAAGCAGGGUUUUGUCAGGGGGCUAUUCAUGCAGGUCAGGGGGCUAUUGGUUCUGUUAGAGGACCUCAUUGCGUUCUAUUAAAGGCUAAAGCGAUUAACGUUAUACACGACGUUACACAAACGUGAUGUUUUGAAUAUUCACACCUUAAAGUGCUUAACAAUACUAAAUACUAAAGUCUUUCAACUGCUCCAACAGUACAUGAUUGGUUGAUUCCUCCCUUUCCCCCUCCCCCUAGUCAACUCCCUUUUUUAUUUCCUCACGUAAUUAUAUCUCUCCCAUGAGCCUUUCCACGUAACACCCGCUGCCGGUGGAUCGGGUUGUGUCAUCGGUUCUUUGCUAAAUAGACGUACAUAAACGACGCCGGAGUCGCACUUGGUUCUAGAGUUUAAUCUCAAUCUGAUCGCCGACUCGAGCAUCGUGGCUGGAAUCUUUUCAGAAACUCUCCUGAAAUUGACCUUCAGCGUUCCUGGAUGAGUUCUACAUCACAUCGUCGCUAUAGAAACCGUCGCCGUUGUGGAAAAUUCCAGACGUCGAAAAACGUUGCUGCUUUCGCUCUUUUCCUCUUUCGUACAGUAGGAAUACGACGGUAACCAUAAUGUAGCCUUUUGAAUGAAGAAUUUCACACUUCAGGACUGUUUUUUUUUCCAUUAGCACAAUACAGGGAAGAAACCAAAUUAUUUGGUUAGUAAUAUUUGAUUCAGGAAGCCCCACCCAGAAGGUGGCUGCUCUAGAAGAUGACCUACGUAUAUGGCUCUUUGGUUCCUCUGAGGAAAGUUGGAAACACUCCAACUUAAAAUCUCGCAGUUACUGAUACUGGCUUUCUCCGAAGGUUCCAAAUGAUCUCAGUGGUCUUUAUUUAUAUAAAUAUAAAUAUAUAUAUCAUGUAUUCGUCAUUUUCUUGUAGCAAAUGAAAUCAUCACAGAAAAGAACAUGGCAGGGUUUCUGAACGGUGCUUGGAGCUGAUCUGUCUCAGUUUCAACAGGAAGUGUUUCGAACCUGAUCUGAAACGAACCCUUAACACAGCCCGAGAAACCGACUGCCUCCCCAGCUUUACGCACCUCAGCUUUAACGAUUAAAGGAGCAGUUUGUAUAUUUUUUAUUUUUCAGGGAGUCGUCUGCUAUCUGUGAGGUGAACCGUGUUUGCAACAAAAGCAUUGACAAGCCUCUCUGUUCCCCUCGACCAGGCCGAGUUAUCCUGAGGUCCGGUGUAGGGUGGAGCCUUUUCCCGGGCGUCAUUAGUCAACAGAAAAAUCACAAACUGCACCUUUAAUCUAAACUAUGUGCCAUAUAUAUACACUGUAAGCUUUUCAGUCUGCAACACCCCUUUUUGUUGAUGAACUCAUUCUUUCCAUCCUUCUGGUUUCUGUUUGUUUUUCACACCUGCGUUCUGGCAAACGCUUCAUUUGAUGUGAGUGCAAGAAAAAAAAAAGAAAAAACACAUGCUCGCCCACCAGAAAUCCUUGGGUCAUUGUCCUGUCUGCUCUGUGAUCGGACUCCUGUAGCGGAGACGCUUUCUGUAUCAAACCUUGAGCGGUGUGUUAAGAAGCCGUCUGGGUCUGGGCAGAUCCGGGCGUCCCGGGGUUGUUAUCUGUUAAACGUGUGUGUUUAGACCUCCGUGCACUCACUCACUCACUCACUCACUCACUCACUCACUCACUCACUCACUCACUCACUCACUCACUCGCUUUGACUUGAAUCAGCUGCAUCCUACGGCUCUGCCACCAGGAGGCACUACUGUCUUAAAUGUGAACACUUCAAUUUGUGGAUAUUUGCACAGGUACUUAAUUUAUUUUCUAGGAUAAUUAUCUUGGGAAGAAGAAAAAAAAACAAAACAAAAGAAAAUACAUGAUUUAUAUCAGUCAGUCCCUGACUGCAUAUAAAUAUGAAGCUAACGACGAUAUUAAUAUGACUAUAGUAUUUAUCUUAGACCUCCAGGUUAAUUUCUAGCUAGUGCAGAAAUCCUCUGCUAGCUCUCCAGAACAUUCUGUGUGUGGUGAAGAUAAAAAGUAACCUGCAGUCCUGCAUGACACUGAAAGAGAGAUAGACAGAGAGAGAAAGAUAAAAAAUUGAAAAAGGAAAACCGGUGAGACGGAAAGAGAGAAUAUGAGGGAGUCGGGGUGUGUCUUCGAAACAGGGUUUGCAACGGUGUAAGUGUGUGCGUGCGUGCAUGCGUGUGUGUGUGCGUGUGUGUGUGUGUGCGAGCAUGAACUCCCAGAGAGAGAGUGAGAGCUGUGUGUGUGUGUGUGAGAGAGAGAGAGUACGCUGAGACGGCAUGGCAUUUCUCAUAAAGCAUUAUUCUAAUAUGCAAUAUGACGGGAGAACCGAUAAGAAACAGCGAAAGAUAAAAAGAAGAGAUUCAGGCAGUUUGUAAUGAGAUUGUGGUUUGUUUUAAUUUUUUGUUCCCCAGAAGUCUGUGUGCCUCUGGCCAUAAUGAGAGAAAUGGAAACAAUAAAAGAUCUGGAGAGAAAUAAAAACUUCACUGAUGUUGAGAUCCUUGUGCGUCUGAGUUUAUUCGUGCGAACGUGGGACUGAAAACGAGCAACACUACAAAGUAUUUAUGAAACGUCAUUGCAGUGUAAUCGGUUGAAAUUUAUUGUUCUAGAAAACUAUUAGAACUCUUGGUAAACAUGUGGACACACCUUUUAUACUGAUACUGAGACUUCCUGUUGUGUUUUACCUGAGAGCAAGUAAAAUGCAGAGUGUUCUCGUGCUGUAAUAAUGAAGCGAUGGAGAAGAGACAGGUACGUUUCAUGGGGUACGCUUUUAUUGGUUCACAAUUUGACCGAUUGACUUUUUACAACCAAAGUUCAAAUUGAGGCGAAACUGAGACGCUAGGCGUUUUGCACCAGCGCUAGGAAUCUGAUCCCAAGAUGACACCAGCCGUAAGGUGGACACGAGCCGGAUGUCAAGAAACAAAACGAGGGUAAAGAAGAACGAAAGGAGAAACGGACAAAG